GCUCUCCUCUCAUAGAGUUACGCACACUCCACCAAACCCAACUUCUCAAUAUUUUCACUUUGACCCCAAAAUGAAACUCCAACUUUUUCUCGUCCUUUCACUUUCGUCCCUCCUCCGCCUCCCCUGCCCAGCCCUCUCCGACAACCCCACCUCCGACGACGGAGCAGAGAAGUCCCCGGUUCUCGACGCCGCCGGCGGAAGGUUGCUGGCCGGGGUCAACUACUUCGUCCUACCCGUUACCGGCGGCGGCCUUUCCCCGGCUAAAGUCAACGAGAAACGCGCCGCCUGCCCCCGCGACAUCGUCCAAGAAUCCGGCGAGGACCUGACCGGUUUACCGGUCGUGAUCUCGCCGGUCGAGGGCGGGACCGGUCCGGUCCCGCUUUCUACCGACGUCAACGUGAAGUUCUCCGCCCCGAUCGCCGCCGCCUGCUCGAACGAGACGGUGUGGAGGGUGGGGAAGUACGACGGGGCGGUGGAGAAGUUCCCCGUCGUAACCGGCGGCGCGGAGGGGAACCCCGGGCCGGCGACGAUCGGGAACUGGUUCAAGAUCGAGAAACACGGGCCGGGUUACAAGUUCGCGUUCUGCCCGACCGUGGCCGGCACGCUCCAGGUGGUCUGCCAGGAUGUCGGCGUGUUUUCCGGAGCCGGAGGUGCUCGGGUCUUGGCGCUUGGCGAUUCGCCGCUGGUCGUGACGUUCAAGAGAACCGGCCCGUGGGAAGCUCCGGUCCCGUUUCUCCCGGCUCCGUUUCCCCCGGUUCCGGUCCAUCCGCCCCCGGAGGCUCCGUUCCAUCCGGCUCCGGAAGCUCCAGUUCCGCCGGCUCCACCGGCGCCGGAAGCUUCGUCUGCACAUUGGGGCACAAAGGCGGGUUUCUAUCACGUGAUGCUUCUCGGGACGACGACGUUUGGGGCAAUGUUGUUGUAGAUUUUCCAAGUUGACUAGUGGUCGUGUACUACUACUGUUUUCAAUCGUUGUCAAGUGGCUUUUACUUUCUUUUUCUUUUUCUUUUUUUUCUUUUUCUUUUUUUACGUGGUUUAAUGGGCAUGUGGGGUCUACCUACCUAUAUAGUCCAGGUGUCGAGCUGUGCGUCGCUUCAAUUCCUAUAUGACCUACUACUGUGAUGAAUAAUGCAAACGUUUUAGA